UGAGGCGGACAGACAUCAAGACCAGGCCCCGCAGCAACAGCGACGAGACCUCGGCAGUGCGAGGGAAACACCGUCACCGCCACCAUGCCUGCGACGUCGGCUCCGAACGACGAGGACCCGGCGUUUAUUGGCGGCCGUCAUGUUAGUGUCACUUAUCUCACCACCAACCCGGGAGGCUCGAAGCUCUCCGAGACUAUCCACAGGACGCUGCACGGGACUCGGGUGGUGCUGAAGAGAAUGGCCGUGGUGGUCGUGUACGUGGUUGCCCUUGUGGUGGGCGCGCUGGUGCUGCUGCUCUACGCGGUUGUUGUCCUGCCUCCCAAGAGGGCUCGAAAGCGUUUUUUGGGCACCGGGAAGGAGGACGAAAUGUUGACCAAUGACUGGUGGGGGCUACAUGAUGGAGACGAUGUUGCGGCGAGGGAGAAGAGAAGCCCCAGGAAGCUCAACAUGCGCAAGGAUAUCGAGCUACGCACGUGCUACAUCACCACAAGGGAUGGUGUCAAGCUGGCCACGGACGUCUGGAUUCCGCUCAAGGCUCUGGAGAAGAGGAAAACUCUUCCCGUCGUGUUCCAUCAGGCUAGUUUCCGAUCCACCGGCGCCCCCACAUCUCCUUCAAGGUACUACCGUUCGGCGACCCUCCGGUGGCCUUUCAAUCUCUUCGUCAACGGCGGCAAGCCAAUCAGCUUCAUCAACGACCCCUUCUUCAAGAGUUUCUUGUCUCACGACAUGGUUCUCGUGUCCGUUGACGUCCGCGGAACCGGAGCGUCUUUCGGGACGCACCCGGGACCAUGGAGCCCCGAAGAGCAACAGGAUUCCUUGGAGGUGCUGGACUGGAUUGACCGACAGUCAUGGAGCAACGGAAGGGUGGCGCUUUGGGGCCUCAGCUACGAGGGCACGAGUGCUUUCUUCACAUCGCUGCUGAGGCACCCCAGUGUGGGUUUCAACGACUCUCUGGACUCCGGCUGGGUGCAGAGCACGGGCUGGAUGGCGAAAAUUUUCCUGGAAGGGGUGACGCCCGUGAAGUCAGAGGAUUCUUGGGGGUACCAGGCCCACCAAGCCAUCAACCAACACAAAGACAACUGGAGUCUUCUCGAGGACGACCACAUCCGGUACAUGGACGACAGGUCGAGGCAGACUGGCCGCAUGGUCGGGUCUGCCUGCGCCAGCCAAGCCGUGCAAAAGCUCCUCGCCGAGAGGCACGGGUGUUUAGGCCCCGCUCCAGGGCCGUCGUCAAACCCACGCGGUGGUGGUGGCCCUGGCUCCGAGGAACCCUCGUGCGCCACCUUGGCAUCACCGCCAAAUUUGGAUGGAAGUACCUCCGCACUGAACGCGGACUGUUCAUCGGAGGAGAGUAGUGAGCGGAAGUCUGAUUCCACGCCCAACGGCAAGCGCAGCACGGAAGAGAACGACUGCGAGGAUAGCGGCGGGGAGAGCGCAGGGGCUGGUGGCGGCACCAGCGGCAGUUUUGAAGAGAAGGAGGAAGGGGACGACCAGGAGAAAAACGACGGCGCCACUAGACAAGCACAGAGUGGUGAUGAAAAGACGGUAGAGGAGGCACCGCAGCUGCUGCUGCAGCAGCAGCAGGAAGAAGAGAGCUUAGAGAAGGUCCUCCCUUUCUACCUUCACGUGUCCGGAUGGCUUGAUGCGUCUGCGCACGCCGCGGUAAUGGCCUUCACGACGCUCCCUUGUAGGUUUGACUUCAAGACAGAAGUUUCAGGAUUCCUGGUUCAGCGUCUCUCCCAAGACACCCCUUCGGACUCGGCAAAAGCACCCGCGUCUCCCGCCCAUACCACGCCCGCGCGCUUAGACGUGCCGUCAUCGUCGUCGCCCACUCAAUCUGUGCCUCUGCUGCAAGACGGCGGCGAUACCGGUGCCGAUGCCGCCGCCGGUGUUGAUGCUGUGGCGACGGAGGCUGGUACCGCUGCUGUGGAGGACGGCGGCGGCGGCGGCGGCGGCGGCGGCGGCGCGAGCGUUCUCCUCGAUGAGAGCCAGGAGUCGAAGGCCUUGUGGAAGAGGGCCCGGCCUAGGGAAGAAAGAUGGCACGAUUCCGCCGAUUUUCCUUCGGAUCGCGCCGACAAGACCGACGUGUCGCUGUUCCUAGGCGGCACAGAACAAUGCCCGCUCUCCACCAUGCAGACAGUCCCAGGGGGGGCCGCAACAAACGCGCAGAAAGAGGGGGGGGGUGCGCCAACGAUCCACCAUGGCGUUAGCGCUGAGGGGGUGGAGGGCAGCGAGGGUGGUGGGGGCUCUGAGCAGACUGGACGUGUGCUGAAGAGCAGCGGAGGCGAGGCUGCGGCGGACGGGAGCGGUGCGGAGGCUAAGCGGGGCGUGAGGGGAAGGCUGUCAUCACGCUUGGCAAGCUGGCCAGCCUUCAGGAACCCUAGGCUCACGCUGUCCCAAGGCUCGGGGGCGCGGGAAGAGGAGGCCAAGACCCACGAGCUGGAGGUGGACAUGUUGGAAGACCAUGACGGCGAAGGGAUCAGCCGAUGGGCAGCCAUGACCGAGUUUUUGAGCCUAAUCUCCUACCAGAUGGACGGGAUGCGGUCGAACCACUUGCGCUUCACCUCUGCGCCGCUCAGACAGGACAUAGAGGUGACGGGAUACCCGGUGGUGUCGCUGUGGGUGAGCGCUGCGGACGACAUUGCAAACCUGGACGUUUUCGCGUACCUUCAAGCUGUUAGACCCAGGACGGGACUGUCGAUCUACGUCACGGAGGGAUGUUUCCGAGCGGAACACCGUAAGGAGGCCCUCAGGACAGAACCUGUCGACGUCCGAGCCCUGCCGGGGGUACCUAUCCACAGCUACCUGCGGUCAGACGCGCAGCCGCUGAGGAAGGGGCAACCAGUGGAGAUAAAGUUCAAGCUCAUGCCCACCUCCUUCAAGUUCCUCAAGGGGCAGCGGGUGCGCCUGUCCAUAGGAGGGGCCGACGCCCGCCACUUUCACCCUAUCAUCCCGACUCCUCCCGGAAGCCGCACGGCCUCUACCGGGGACGCAGUAGCCGCCAUCCCCGGGCGUAGCACCGCUGCCCCGGGCGGUAGCGCUUCUGCUGCUGUGGGAGGGCAGUCGAGCAGCGUUGUGACGAAGAGGGUGUUGCGGGUGCACACCGGCGGCGCUUUCGCUUCGAGCAUCAGUCUUCCCGUGCCUUGCCGUGGUGGCAACGACAUCGUCGGGGCGGAGCGGGGGUCUCUGCGACCGGGCGGAGAAGAAGGCCGGCUGGCGACGGCGCAAGCCAGCAACGGUUAG